AUGGCUGGUAACAGCGCUAGCGAAGUAAAAAAGGCGAAAUUAACUGGAAGGGCUCUAUUUGAAAAAUUAGGCAAGCCAACCAGGAUUGUCGCUCCAAUGGUUGACCAAUCUGAAUUUGCAUGGAGAGUUUUAUCCAGAAGAUACGGUGCAACUUUGGUGUAUACUCCGAUGUUUCAUGCGAAGCUUUUUGCAACCUCUGAAAAAUAUAGAAAGGAUAUGUGGUGCCAUUUAGAUGGUGACGAGAAACUUGAUAGGCCCUUAAUUGUUCAGUUUUGUGCAAAUGAUCCCGAAUACCUAUUAGAAGCUGCAAAGUUGGUGCAGGAUAAGUGUGAUGCUGUAGAUCUAAAUUUGGGUUGUCCUCAGGGAAUAGCCAAGAAAGGGCAUUAUGGUGCUUAUUUAAUGGACGAGUGGAACCUAAUUUCAAAAUUAAUUAAUAACUUGCAUGAAAAUCUAGACAUACCUGUUACAGCGAAGAUCAGAGUGUUUCCUGAUCGUGAGAAGACAUUAAAGUAUGCAAAUAUGAUACUAGAUGCCGGGGCACAAAUAUUAACAGUUCAUGGAAGACUAAGGGAACAAAAAGGCCAGAAAACGGGACUAGCAGAUUGGGAAAUUAUAAAAUACCUGAGAAAUAAUUCACCAAAGGAUCAGGUAAUUUUCGCCAACGGAAAUAUUUUAUAUCCAGAGGAUAUCGGUAGGUGUAUUAAUGAGAUUGGGUGUGAUGCAGUUAUGAGCGCCGAGGGAAACUUGUACAACCCAGGGGUUUUCAAUACUGAUUUUAUCAGUGAUAAAGAAAAGACCUUCCCCCGUGUUGAUAAGGUCCUUAGAGAAUACUUUGAGAUAGUUAAGCAAUACCAAGAUUCGCAUGCCUCAAAAUCGGCAAUGAAGAACCAUUUUUUCAAGAUUCUAAGGCCAUUUUUACCCCAUCACACUGACAUCAGGAGUAAUCUUGCACAAAUGAAUACUAAAACCCCAUUUGAAGAGUGGGAAAAGUUGGUCGUCCUCCCAGUGGAACAGGCUGUCGCAGAAAUUUAUCAAAAACAUGGCAAAGACAUCGAUAUAAUUACUACUGGUAAAACUGAAUUGUGGGGUGGUGCAUAUAAAACCGUGCCAUACUUCAGAUGCCAACCAUACUUCAGGCCCGUAGACGGUGUAACUGCUGAUAAAAGAGUAACUGAGGCUUUGCGUACAAAGGAAAAAACAGAUUGUUCAACUCCUGAGGAUGAACAAUCUGUAAAAGCGCCUAACAAAAGAUCUGCAGUUCGGCCUUUGGAAAAUAAUAAGAACAAAGAAUUAAAGGUUUAG